AUGCACCAUCGCAUCCUGCAAGCGAAUCUGAACCACUGCCGCGACGCUCAAAAUCUUCUUUUUCAGAGCGUCGCAGAAAUGGGAGUGGAUUUGGUUGUGGCCGCCGAGCCUCUGUUUAUCCCUCUAGGGGAUAACUGGUUCGGCGAUACUGAUGCGCUGGUUGCGGUAGGAAGUGUUGGUAGGAAACCUACCUCCCCGCAGGCCGUGGGUCUCUUCAGUUCGUCCGGCAUCGUUGGUGUGAGCUGGGGGGAAAUCCUCGUCGUCGGGGUGUACUUCUCUCCCAACAGGAGUUUUGCUGAGUUCGGGCAGUACAUAGAUGGGUUGGGAGCCCUUAUAGGACAAUUUUCAACCCGUCCUGUGAUGGUGCUCGGUGACCUCAAUGCGAGAUCAAUGGCGUGGGGCGACCGGGUUACCACUGCUCGCGGCAAGCUGCUGGAGGAUUGGGCGAUCGCGGCUGGCUUAGUGGUCCUAAACCACGGGUCAGCUGCCACGUGUGUGCGAUUUAAUGGCGAGUCGAUAGUUGACAUUUCGCUCGCCAGUUCUACAAUCGCACACAGGGUACGGGGCUGGAGAGUAAUGGCCGAGGUGGAGACCAUGUCUGACCACCGUUAUAUUCGGUUGGACGUGCUCCCCUCGUCCAUGGCCCCGGCCCAUGAUCACCGGGGGUAG